AACCGUGCGCCUGACACCACGUCACUGUGAGCCGCGUUGCCGUAACCGGCGCACGCCUCUACUCUGCGAUAGAUAAGAAACCGAAAAUUUUCAAAAAAGGAAUGUGACCGGUGUUAAUUCCGAAACGUAUCAUGUGCCAUAAAUAGUGAUGUUACAGUGUUGAUUGUUGAAUUUUUCUUUAGAAAGAGAAUAUAUAAAUAUGGUUGUACCGAUUUUGUUUUUUGUGACGGUUAUGGUGCCAAGUGUUUUCGGCCAAGAUGUGGCGGAUUGUUAUGGUGCGGGGAGCGUUGCGGGUGCAGCGAUAGGUGCAUUCAUAGCCGCCCUCCUUUUAGUCGCCGCCGCUUACUACCUGAGGAAGUUGUAUUGGAAAUCACGUAAAGGCAAACACCUAGUCUUCUCAACAGAUCCCGAGUCGGUCAAAGAUGAGUUCGCCUUCGACAAUCCUGGUUUCAGACAGGAUGAACGAACAUGGCGGAACGAAGCACCUACAUUGCCUCUGGGAGGCAAGCAGCAUGCUUUACAUGCGCAGUUCACUCAGCCGGAAAAGACUAAAGAUGAUGAGCACUUACAGCGUGCAAGGGUUCGUCGAGUGAAGCUGUGGGCUCGUGACUUCACUGGUCUGGGUUUACGGUGUGGAGGCGGCGCCAGGGAGGGAGUGCACGUACACUCAGUUCUGAGGAGUGGACCAGCUGCCGCUGCCAAAUUACAACCAGGUGACAAAAUCAAGAGUAUAAAGAUAGAGUUCACCGGUAUCCCGUUGGAAGAUGCGGUGGGGAUAAUCUCCCUGGCCUCUCCCUACCCAGUGGAACUGGAGGUAUUGGAAGGAGGGCGAGCGAGUGGAGCAGGGAUGGCAGUCAUUCAUCCCUUAUUGAGGAGGGCUGGUUCUACUGGAGAUGUUAGCACGCUCGAGAAAGAAGCCAAACUACUACAUCCACCGCGAUCGCCAAACAUAUCACACUCAAAUAAUUCGACUUUGGAGACGAAAUGUAAAGGAGGUAUUAAGAAAAUCAUCACUGACAAAAUAAUCACUAAUACGACUUUAGAAAGGGCUAAGAAGGAAAAGAAGGACGUACUAAACACUACGCUAGAGCGAGAAAACGAAAAGAACAGUAAACUUGCAAAUAAGACCAGACAUUCAGAAGUUCCUGCUGUUUUAAAUAAACCAGAAAGAAACAAAACUCGCCAUUCUACAGGAAACGAUGUUCAGAUGGCAAAAUCAGAAAAUGGUGUGACCCAAAUAGAACACGCUGAAGUUCAGAAAAAAGAUUACGAUCCAAAGAGAGGCAUGAAAUUUGGAAUACGAGUGUUGCCACCGAAUGUCCCAGAUGAUGGAGUACUGAAGCAAAAGAGCGUUGAAAAUGGCGUUGUAGUAGUUGAAAACAAAUCUGUAGAUGAAAUAGAUAAGCCUGAACCAGCGAGACCAGCUCCGACAACUCAAAUUACACAUGAAAAUGAAACAGAACCUAAGAAACCCGUUGUUGCUAAGAGAAGAGAGAAAAUGGCACCUCCUAUUCCUAAUGCUCGAGUUAAGCCAGCUGAACCUGACAUCAACACCAGCCAACAAGAUGUUUCUAAAACAUCGGACACUUCAGCUUCUUUUAUCAGAAAUGAUUUAAACUCUAGUGGUAUUAAAAGAGAUGAGAACGGCAUACCUCAAGAGUUACCUCAACAUAUGUUUGAAGCAGCAAAAGCCGCUAGGACUAAUAGAAAAAGUUCGGCGGAACUGAUAAGCGACCAACCAAAAUUAGUGGAACAUAAAAAGGAUGAAGCCCCAAAACCACCUAAAAAAGCUAAAGGUAAAGCACCGUCACCUCCAGAUGUUGAGAAAAACAAAACAGACGAUAGUAUUAUAGAACAAAUGAGAAAUAUGAACGAUUUCCUUAAAAGUGAAAAACAACAUUCCAGCUUACUUCAUGAUACAUCUUUUACAAGCCCUAAUCAAUCAACCAUAUCUUACAAUACUUCAACACCAAAAGUAAGCAAAACCAAAUCACGAAUGGAUGAAACUCUCAGUUUUAGUCAAGACGACAUUGAUGAUAUUGUUUCUAAACCAUUUAAGCGGGAAAGUGACUCUCUUAAUAAUUACUUUGAAGAUUCCAAGUCUAAUCUUUCGUCGUCUCAUGACGUUCAUUCAGUUGUAUCUCUAAAUAACAGUGAUAAAGGAUCCACAACUAUUGAGUUAAAUAAUAGUGAUAUAACGAUUCACAGUUCACCAAUAAAUGAUACAGUUAACUCAGUAUCAGAUGACACAUCUAUUCUAGAUGAAAAUGAACGCAAAGCAGCAUCUCUUGGCGAUCUCUCAAGGUUUGAAUUGAGAACGAAAACUAAUAAACCAUCCACUGGUACAUUAGAAAGGGCUCAAAGCUUAGAUAUAUCUGCAGAUGAUGCAGAAAUACAAGAAAGCACUCUUUCUCCGAAGAAAAGAAAAGCCAUGUCUGUUGUUGAAACUACAUUUUUUGAUUCCACUAAUGAAGAUUCUUUGCCAGACAUGAUCGAUUCCGAUAAGGGCGUAGUGAUAAAGCACAAAGAACCAAGAUUAAGUUUGAACAUUGGUAAAACUUCAGCAAUCGAAGGUUUAAGUACGUUCCAAAGAAAUCGCUUGAAGAAAGCUUCUGAAUUUGGUAACUUAGAAGACGCUAUUGUUAAAGGCUCAAGUAGCUCCGUUGAUUCUGAUAAAAUAGAUGAACAACAAAUAGCUAGUAAGAAAGCACAAGGCAGAGAGUUUGAGUUAUAUAAAGAAACUGAAGCUCAUGAGACUUCAGAUCACUUAGCCAGAAGAAUAAUGGAUGAAAAUAUGAAAGUCCAUCUGAAACUUGUCUCUGAGUUUGCAAAAUCGACAUCCGAUGGUAGUAAUAUGAGUUCUCUAGAUAGCACACAUGAAAUUCAACCUACUUCCAACAAAAUAGAAGAAACUACACCCAUGAAGUUUGAAGAUAAAUUAACAAUGGCAUAUGACACGAAUAUUCCAGAUGAUUUAAAAGUAUCUAGAAAUACUUAUGUAAACAGCUUAGAACGGCCCAAAUCCGAUAUGAUGAAAAAGCUUUUAGCCAAAAAUCCGAUAUUAAAUUUACACAUUGACCAAAGUACACAAAAGAGUGAACCUACCACUAGUACGGAGAAUACAACCCAAAUGACUGAUGCCUUUAAAUCUGCCAUGCAUCAACCAGAUAUUGUGAACUUUGACCUUAAAACUUCUGAACCAAAUGAAAGAGACUAUGAUGACUUCAUAAGUAACGUCAAUGUAGGUUCGAAUAAUAAUACGUUAAAAUAUACGAAACCAACUUUUGAAACAUUUAGUUCUACUUCAACAGAAUGGUCAGAACCUAAAGAUGUCCAUAGCAAUAACGUCGUUACGAUAACUACAAGUGAAAAAAGUCAACCUAUAGACUUGCAUACUAGUAAAUCUUACACAAAAUCUAUUGAAAUUAAUGAACCUUCGAUGAAAAUUGUUCCGGAUGUAAUAGAAGGUAUUAAAACUAAACAUCAUAAAGAAAAUAGAACUUUGUAUAUGGAACCUACUAAUAUGUCUAUAACUAUGACACAAGAACCCAUACAAAAAACAGUCACAGUGAACGUGGCUGAAGAUGAAUUUGGCAAUAAAGUUAUUACUCAAAAUAUUGAAAAGGUUUCUACUAAAUAUAUAACAACUAAAACAGAGGCCCCAUUACAGGUUGAACAAGUAAGCUUUGGUGUUAUGAAAAGACCCGGAGAUAUUGACCAACUUAAUUUAGAAGAUGGAAAUGAUAAGGAUAUUGACAAAAAGAUUAUAGAUGAAAUCAAGAGACAAAACCCUAAUAUGCAUUUUACUUCAGAUGAACCUUCUUAUACAAGAACUGAGACAAUUAUACUUAGUACAACUGAUAUGAAUGAAACAAAAGCGAGAGAAUUAAUGGACAAAUUAAGGAGUGAUCCCGAUUUUAUGUCACAGAAAUCAUCAGAAGAACUAACUAAGUUGGGAAUUAGAGUAGUGCAAGACUUUGAAGACGUACAAUCUCCGAAUUCUAUGGAAGUUACAAAAACUAGAUAUUCUAUUAAUCCUUCGAUAACAUCAAAUCAACAAUGUCAAAUAGAAGAUGUUGAUGAUCCUGAGAAGCAAAAAAGUCAUAUAACAGAGAUCCAAGUUGUGACACCGCGCACUGAAAAGCAAAUUAAAGAAAAAGAAUCGCAAGACAAAAUCCAUAGUAGGCAGAGAAUAGUUCCGCACGAGGAGCCACCAUUAUCUUGUGAGUUGGAUGUUGACAUGCUAAAUGAUUUUAUUUCGAACGAACGCCGACACUCGGCCAGACAGCAAGCCGAGGUGAAGAAAACGAAUCAAAAUGAACCAAAGAAAAGGCAUUCAGACUUCGAUUUGCCAAGAAACAGCCACAUAAAAUUCCGAACAGCCACAUACGAAUCUCCGAAGGGUACAAUAGUGACAAGCACAGAUUUAGAAAACAGAAGAUUGUCACAGUUAGAUCAACAACUUCGGGCUGCAAAUGAUGGGACACCUGGACAAAAACCGGCAAUUUCAGCGAAACCUAGCAACAUUCCGAUAAAAGCGUUGGAAAAACAGAAACCAGUUGGAGUAUCGUCGAAGAUACCGGUUUUUAUGAGCCAGAAAUCGGCUAGUCAGGAAAAUUUAACAGACAAAACAUUCUCGUUACCUAGAUCACCACCUCCAAGUUUGAGCAGUAGUUCUGGAAAUAUUUCCGUGACCUCAAUAAAGAGUAGUUCUAGAAGCCCCAGUGGAGGUAAACUGUAAAAAUCUAUUUUAAUAACGUUCAAUAUCAAUAUUGUAUUUUUUAAAUUGUACUUAGAUUACGAGAUGUUAUAUUAAAAUUAUUGUUAAAUACUGAGGUGCAAAUAUUUUCCACAAACGCAUACUUACUAUUUGAUGAAUUAUUAGUUUAUUAGUUUGUAUUUCCUGUUAAAAAUUUGAUGAAAAUGAUAUUUUAACUAAUGUGCCUUUUUAUAUGAUAAAAUAUUUACUUAUAAUUAAAUAUGUUGUGAAGUUUGUUUAUAAUAUGUUACGUUGGGUUGUGAAUGUAUAAUAUAAAGUAAUGAUAGUCUUACACUGUCACAAGUUAUUUAAUCUUAAUUUUCAAUAUUAUUAUUAUAUCAUUUUCCAAUACCUUAUGAAUGAGAUUAUAUAAUGAAAUGAAAAUAGUAAACAUUUUGACAUUCCGUCCUACGAGUAUUACCAAUUUACAAUUUAUUAUGUAUGGUAGUAAUUAAGAUUUAUUUUUGGUAUGAACAGAUACUAUUUCUGAGCCAUCGUAGAAUGUUAGGUUGAAUAGUAUAAGUGCUUAUAUUUAUUAACUUUUUACAAAAGUUGUUGUGUAAACAAACAUUAACAAGUUAUUAUCACAAUUUAAUAUACAAAAAAUGUAUUUUAACGAUGUAUUAUAAAUUUAAAAUAAAGAGGUAUACACUUUAAAGAUUUCAUUGUUUUAUUUAAAAAUAUGAAAUAUGA